CCGCCAAUGCGACUUCUCUUUUACCAUUUAGAUUAAUUUUUAAUAAUUUAAUCACCAAAAUUGAUUUUAAUGAAGCCGGUUAAAAACGUAGGCAAUGCAUCUCAUGGAGGACCCAAUUAGCUACAGCAAACGAAAUGCGAUCUCUCUGCAACUUGUUUUAUUUUUACUAAACACACCCAAUUUCAAAGAAAUUGUGACACCCCAAAACUUUCUUCCACUUUUCCAUUAAAUUUCAUUCCUUCUUAUAACAAAAGCAAAAGUCAUCUAUUCAACUUCAAUUCCACCGAAGACCCGCUUCAAGAAUUAGUAAAAGUAAAAGUUCCCGUCUCGCUCUUUACUUACCCCUUCAAACAAGCUAAAACCCAGAAAAUUUUCGUACGUAUAGAGGGUUUCAGGCAGAUGCUAUAUAUACAGAUCUUUGAUGAGUGUUUGCCUUGGAUGUUUUUAAGUUGUUUGUAAGAUUCUUUUAAGGUUUUUGAAGAUGGGCAGUGAGGGAGGUGGCCAAUCGUCUCAUCCUCUAAGAAUAACCGUCCGAGAACUUAUCUGCCAUGCGUGUUCUGGUGCCACUGCAGGUGCAAUUGCGGCCACCUUUGUGUGCCCUUUAGAUGUAAUCAAAACAAGGCUACAAGUACAUGGACUCCCUACAGCUUCUAAAACUGGUGUUAGAGACAGUGUUAUUAUUACAAGUCUACAACAUAUAAUAAAAACUGAAGGUUUGAAGGGGUUGUAUCGUGGACUUUCACCAACAAUAAUUGCUCUUCUUCCAAACUGGGCGGUGUAUUUUACAGUUUAUGAGCAACUAAAAGGCCUACUCGCUUCACAUGAUAAUAACAGUGCACAGCUCACAAUUGGGGAAAAUAUGGUAGCUGCUGCUGGUGCUGGGGCUGCCACAGCCAUCGUAACAAAUCCAUUAUGGGUUGUAAAGACAAGACUCCAAACGCAGGGAAUGAGGACCGGUGUGGUUCCCUAUACUGGUGUACUUUCUGCUUUAAGAAGAAUUGUACAUGAAGAAGGCUUGCGAGGGCUGUACAGUGGAGUUUUGCCUUCCUUGGCUGGGAUUAGUCAUGUUGCAAUUCAGUUUCCAGCAUAUGAAAAGAUAAAAUCAUAUAUGGCAAAAAAGGGAAAUACAACUGUUGAUCGUCUAAGUCCGAGUGAUGUUGCAAUUGCGUCAUCCAUAUCAAAAGUGCUUGCCUCUAUUAUGACUUACCCACAUGAGGUAAUUCGAUCAAGGCUUCAAGAGCAAGGGCAGGCGAGGCACACCGAGGUCCAAUAUGCAGGGGUGGUUGAUUGCAUUAGAAAGGUAUUCCGGAAGGAAGGUGUUUCUGGCUUUUACCGUGGGUGUGCAACCAAUCUCCUGAGAACAACACCAUCAGCUGUCAUUACAUUUACCAGUUACGAGAUGAUACACCGAUUUCUGAACCAGGUAUUACCUCCUGAAAGGAAGAAAUCAGAGGCUGGGCCUAGGUCUGAUGGCCAUGUGAACAAGUCAUGGCCAAAUAAGAGAGCCAGUGCGGAAGAAAGUAAAAUAUCGCAAACUCACUCAAAUAAGAUUACACCUUAAAAUCCCUGUUUGGUAGGGGAAGUCUUUACUGCUUUCUCCCCUGGAAGAAAAUUUUUCAUAAAAGAAAUUGAAAGCUUGUUACUCAAAUGUUAAAAUUGAAUAAAAGUGCUAUACCUUUUGUC